AUGGUGCUGGUGGGUGGUGUGGGUAACGCUUUGGUGGUGAUGCUGGUGAGUGGGUCAUCAGCCAUGCACUCCACCAUCAAUAUAUUGCUGGCCACGCUGGCCUUCUGCGACACUCUGGCCGUGGUGGUGCUGCUACCCCUGGACAUGAUGUCCCUCUUGGGGCGCGGUUGGCUGCUCCCUGCUCCCCUCUGCCACGCCCACGCCGCCCUAAUGAACGUGAUACAAGUGGAGGGCAUGACUGUCCUCGCCUUGAUCUUCGUGGAUCGGUACAUCAUCAUCGUGCACCACCAGGAUCGUCUCACCCCUGUCAUCACCUGCUGGGUCAUCGGGGUGUCGUGGGUGGUGAGUGUGUGUGUGGCCACGCCGCCCUUGCUUGGUGUGGGUGGCUACAGUAGCCUUCCGCUGCCUCCAGGCCUCACACACUGCCUCUGGGAGCCCGCCAUACCUAGACCUGACGGUCAAAUAAUCUACACCUUCGUCAGAUUUUCAAUGAUGGGUUUACUGCCGCUGUUCGUUAUGAUCUUCUGCUUCGUCAGCAUCCUGGGGAAGAUGAGGAAUAACUCAGCCAAGGUUACCACCAGCGACUGUGAGGGAGGACUGACCUACAUCGACUUGAUGGAGGUGGCCAGGGAGAGCGAGAAGGCCCUCACACCCCCCUCCUCGCCACGUCGCCCACUCGUCAUCGUUAACCUGAGCUACAAGACUCGCACUUUCACUACCAUCAUGAUCUUGUUCCUCGUGUUCGUCAUGUGCCGGACACCUCUCCACCUCAUGCAGUUGGUUCACUCCUUCACCAGCACUGGGCAGGUAUACUAUGAUGCGUUCCCUUGGUUGCUGUGGUGGGCAUACCUCCAGCCCGCCGUCAACCCCGUCAUUUACACCGUCAGAAUACACAAAUUCCGCAAUGAGCUGCUGGAAACGUUCCCAUGGCUCCUACACCUCACACCCGGACGUAAUGGGGACUUCCUGCGCCGUAGUGACCCGAGUACCAUCUAUAUGAUUCAGCAGCCCUCGUCCUCCUGACCCUCUGCACUCCUCAACAAUAUUCUGAUCACUACGGUCUGAUAAAUACUGUUUUUUUUACCCCUACUCUAUAUUUAUUUUUGCGCUACCUCUCACAGGAUGAACAUGGGGUGCACAAUAAACUAGCCGACCUCCGCCAAAAUUAAAAAAAAAUCAAUUCUUCACCACGAUACAAACACCAAAUUACCUCUGGCAGUGAGCAGUGAUACCCUCUCCGAUAUCUCAUAUAUACAGUUAGAUAUAUAUAUAUGUGUGUGUGUGUGUGUGUGUGUGUGUGUGUAUGGCAUAUAUGUAAGAUAAAUGAUUGGUAAGGUCUGAAAAGUUCAGUGAUUUUUAUUGACGUUACUUAUAGGGGCUGUGCCGUAAGCAGGACAGGAAGUAAUAUCAGAGGUGAAUUCAGAAGAUAAAUUACUGAGGUGUUGACUCUUCAGUGAAAUUAAUUGUGUGUUAUAUUUCACUGGAACUGUUCAGGGUGUUAUGAGGGAGAUUUCCAGAAUUACGACAAACUGUGGGUAAUAGUAUGUAACAGUUCCCCGUUAUUUUAUGGAUGUUAUAGUGACCAACUUGGGCUGGGAUGUGAGUUAGGUUAGGUUAGGUUAGGUUAGGUUAGGUUUGGUUAGGUUAGGUUAUGUGAAAUAUUUAAUUGUAAUAGUUUACGGAGAUUAAGUGAAUCUUUUACUUACGGGAAUUAGUUGACUUCAAGUAUUUGUGGAAUGGUUUUGUACAUUUUGUAGAAUUGUAAUUUCAGAUGUAAUUUGAUAUUAUAAGUGAUAAAUGUUUGUAGUCCACGUGAAGGUUAAUUUACAAUAGUCUACAGAGAACUAAGUGAAUCUUUUGUGUCACCAGAACUAUUCUUGUGUUCGGUGAGGAAUAUUAAGAGUUAACUUAGAAUCUGUAGACUAUAAGACAUUUUGAUAUAGUCCAGACCUAGAGAUGUAUUGCAUGGGACCUACCUGUACUUGAGGAUAUUUAUAAUAAUUUAAGAAUAAUUAUUUACAAAAUUUCCCAGAGAGUAAAAUUUUAUAUACCUGUAUGACUCUUAAGUUAACAAGAAGUGUUAUGAAAGAGUUUUGUAGGUAAUGAUUGUUUUUAAUCGGGACUCAGCGAUUAAGAGUUGUUAUUGUCAAGAAAUGUGAUUACAGAUCUCAGAACAAUACCGAUAGUAGAGUACUGUUUUUCUUCAAGGGAAUUAAUAAUUUUAAUAUAUCUUGUGUUUGUGGGAAGAAAUGAAAUAGUUUAAAGGCAAUUAUUGAAAGUCUCGAGUCUGGUUUUGUGGUAUUAGGAUGACAUGAAGACAGUAAAGUUUCUUUUGUAGGUUAAUUAAUGAUUCUUAUAUCUAUUGUGGUUGUUGUUGUCUUGGAGGGUAAGGUGAGAAAUUGACCCUUGAACUAUUUUUUUUUUUUUUUUUGCUUUGUUACGGAAAAUUAUAAUUAUUGUGAGGUGACGUGGUACAGUUUAUGAAGUAAGAAUUAUGUGUGGAGUAAAGUGAAGUAUUUAUGUGAUAUGUAAAUUAUUUUUCAGAGUUAAACAUGAGUGUUAUGUAUU